AGAGCGCGGCGGCGGCGCGGAGCGGAGGGGAGCAGGAGAGCAGCGCGCAGGGCCCGGGCCUCGCCACGCCGCGGCCGCUUGUGCCCGCCUGCUUCCCGCCUCCGUCCCGCGGCCCCCGGCACCAUGUCGGUGGACCUGGAAGAAGCCGAUCUGCCCCUGACUGAGGCGGAGGAGGCGCCGCUCGCCGCCGAGAAGAAAGGGGCCUCUAAGAAGGCGAAAGCCGGCGGCUCCUCGCUAUCGCCGUCGAAGAAGAGAAAGAACAACAAGAAGAAGAACCAGCCGGGCAAGUACAGCCAGCUGGUGGUGGAGACCAUCCGCAAACUGGGCGAGCGCAACGGCUCCUCGCUGGCCAAGAUCUACAACGAGGCCAAGAAGGUGGCGUGGUUCGACCAGCAGAACGGGCGCACCUACCUGAAGUACUCCAUCAAGGCGCUGGUGCAGAACGACACGCUGCUGCAGGUCAAGGGCACCGGCGCCAACGGCUCCUUCAAGCUCAACAGGAAGAAGCUGGAGGGCGGCGGGGACGGGGCCGCGGGCGGAGGCGCGCACAGAGCCCCCAGGAAGGCGGCGGCCGCCGCGUCCCGGCGGGCGGAGAAACCCGCGGGCAAGAGCCAGAAGGCCGAGAAGAAAUCGCACAAGAAGGGAGCGGGCGGCGCGGCGGCCAGGAAGGACAAAGCCAAGAAGGCCGCCAAGAAGGGAGCCGCGUCCCCCGGGGGCAAGAAGGUGAAGAAGUCCGCGAAGCCCAAGGCGCUCAAGGGCCGGAAGGCAUGAGGGGGGGCGCGGCGCGGGGGGCGCUCCCCGCCCGGACUGGGGGGUGCGGCGCAGGCUGCUCUGCGGACGGACCCCGGGGGGCCGCUCCGCGCCGUCCGCCGGGCCCCGCGAGCGGGGCUGCCUCAGCCCCCAUCCCCCUCCGUCUCGCCUCGUUUUUCCUCCCCGCUCCCCCCCCACCCGGCCGCCUCUCUCCGAUCGCUCCCUUUUGUUUUCGGCCGCGCCCCUCCCCGCUCGCAGACGGUUUCGGAUCGCCCCCGGCCCCUCUCCCCGGCGCCUCGCGGGGCUUUUUCCCGCCCGGUUUCCAUGGCAGCCGCUCGGCGCCCCCACUGCCCCCGCGCCACGUGGGCCGGCUCUCACCGCCCCCCUCCUCGCCCCGCCCGCCUGGCACGCCGGCCCUGCUCGCGGCCAUUCGAAAAGCCACGGCGCCCCCUAUUGGCUCCCGGCCCCCGGCGCCAUGGCAACCGCCCGUUAGGCGCCAAUUGGCUCCCGCGGCGUCUGGCGCGCUUAAAGGGCCCGCGCUUCCGAGAGGCCCCCGGGGGUGGGGGUGGGGGCUCUCGGCCGUGCGGUCAGGUCGCGUCUUAAUGGCCUUUGAUUUCGUUUUCUUUUUUUUCUAAACGUUUUGGGGUUGGGUUUGGUUGGUUUUUUUUUUUUUUGAGGGUGGGAGACUUUUUUUUUUCUUUUUUUUUUUUUUUUUUCUUUCCAUUUGUCGUCGUUUCAAAUAAAUUGAUAAAAAAACUCGGA